AUGUCUAUUGAUGCAUCCCAAGAAAUAUCACCAAAUGAUGAUGGAAUAAUCCAACUAACCAUUGAACCUCCUCCAACUUUAACUUUGGAAGACAGCAUCCCAUCAAAUAAUCAUCAAUCUUCAUCACUACUAGGAGAGGAAUCUCAUGUGAGAAAUGAGGAAGGCUUACAAGUUGCAGUGCAAAAUUCCAGUACCUCGGAUUUAGGAAGCAUUGAAAGUAGCUCCAUUCCUGGAAACAAUGAUGAAGACUAUUCGAACGUGAAGCAGGAACAAACAAUAACGAAAGAAGAAAUUUUGGAACCAAAAAUAGGAGUUACCUUUGCUGAGCCACUCGAAAAAGGAGAUGAUAAGGUAGAAUUAGAGGAAUUGAAAAGAAAACUCAGAAAAUUACAACUCAAGCACAUGUUUUCACGAUUGGUGUUAACUGUUGCUUAUUUCAUAAUCAUGUUUGCAUUUGGAGCAUCACAAUCAAUAGUUGGGCCUUGUUUGGCAUUCCUUACAGUGAACGUGGGAGCAACCCCAGCAACAAUAGGUUUUAUUUUCACACUUAAAGGUCUUGGUUCAAUAACUGGUACUCUUUUUGGUGGAAAAGUUUUGGAUAUAAUUGCUGAACAAUUGUCAAACUUUAGAGGAUUUCUGUAUGAAUGGAAAAAGAAAAGGCUGUUAAAGAAUAAUCCCUAUUCAACAGAUGCUCUCGAUAGCGAAAAGGAGAUUGGGAAAAUAAGAGGCCUUACUCCAUUCAAACAAUAUAUUGCAAGAAAUUAUGCAAUUAAUUCUUACUUUGCAACUUGUGUGCUUGUGUUGGUGGGCUCAUUGGUGGCAACUCCUUUUGUUAGAAAUUAUGGGCUGUUGUUGUUUGUUUAUUUCAUGUUUGGGUUAGGCUCUGGCCUCACUGUUAUGCAAGGAAAUGUCUUGUGUGCAUGGCUUUGGGGACAAUACGCUGGUACAGCUCUCUUACUGAACUCAGCCAUUAUUGGUUUAGGGGCCUUCCUCUGUCCAAUUAUUUUGAAUGGAUUGAUCGCAUCUGAUUCGCCAUCGUCCACAAUCACUACGAAUAGUACUAGUUCAUCAUUCAGUUUUGCAUUUGAACAAACAAUUUUAGCAACCUUUGAAAAUUCCACCUCAAACUCUACCUCAAUUAAUGUGGAUGCAAUAGUGAAUGGUAAUUGGAGAUUUACCUAUGUAAUUAUUGGAGGUGUUUUAUUUGCAUCUGUAGCUAUUCUAUUACCUUUAUUCCAAGUUAUUCUAACCAAAUUUGAAUUAUACAGACUCCAUGGAAUUAUUUCAAUUGAUGGAAUGGAAGAGGAAAAUCUUAAAAAAACAAUCGAAGCAUACACAAAGAAACCAAAAGAGGAAGAAUAUGAAAUGAAACAAUCUCCAAGUAUGGUUACGAAUGAAAUGAUUCCUUCCCAGAGUACAGUAGACUUUUUAGAAAAAGAAGAGGAAAUCGAGAAACAAGAAAAAGAAGAGGAAAUGAAAGAGGGAUUCUCUUUUGGUAAGAUUAUAUCCACUCCAAUCCACUGGUAUAACAAGCUUAGAACCUACAGAGCCUUUGUGUUUUUUGCCUUGGGAUUUUUCUUUGCAUUUGGCAUAGAGACCUCAGUUGGUGGAUUGAUUUCAACAUACUUGGUUAAAUAUGUUGGUACUACUGACAUUUCACAAGCCUCUCUCAUGGUCAGUAUCUAUUACUUGAGCAUGACAAUUGCCAGAAUUAUAUCUGGUAUUUUCUCUUACUUCCUUCAAAAGGUUUUCAGAUUUACUCAAGUUGUAAUCCUGAGUAUCUCAUUAAUUGGACUUUUUUCAGGUAUAAUUGUCAUGUUAGCCAUCCCUCAAAACAGUAUUGUUGGUAGUUGGAUUGGUGUAAUUUUAAUUGGUGCAAGCAUAAGUACAUUUAUUCCAAGUUACAUUUCCUUCCCUGCAGCAACAGAAAUGAAAGAUGUUCACUUGUCUGGAUUUUUGACAUCUUUUCUCUUUGUUUUAUCCUCAAUUGGUGAAAUGACAAUUCCACUUUUAAUUACAAAUUCUUGGAUUUGGUUUGGCUACAAUUCAUUCUUCUGGGUCAUUUUGAUUGUAGCUCUCUUAAUGUGUGUCACUACAAUAUGCUUAUUCUUCAUGUCACUCGAGUUGAGAGCAAGAGUAUACUCCCUAUUCAAUAAGAAGAAAUAA